UCAGUGUCUGAUGACGAAUUUCCCCACGAAUCAUUAUCACUCAAUUCUGCAAGUGGUUCUAAUUUACUAUCGCUGUUCUCUAGCCGGUCUAAAACCGCUUUUGACCUAAAGGGACGCUUUUUGGACCCCAUGGACAUUUCUCAGUUUCCAGGCAGAAAGAACAGUAAAAAUGCAGGCAGGGCACAGGACAAAGCACUCGGGACAAAAUGUAUAUGAAAUGGGUUGAUACAGUAAUGUUUUACUAUUAAUGUUUUACUAUGUGAUUUUAGUGACUUUUUGUCACUUUCAAAUUUCCCGCCGCUCUGUCCCCGUACGUCCUGACGCUUGCAGGGAACGGAACCCAGAAGAUAGAUGCCGGCAUCGGAUGGAGGACAUUACAGGGGACACUGCAGGAGGGACA